AUGGGAGAAACGAGGUUACCGAGGAACAUGUUUCUGUGGUGCCUGGCUGCUAUUUACAUGUUUGCUUUUGCGUCUUUGUAUGUGCAGAUUCCAGGUCUGUAUGGCAAUGAUGGCAUCCUCCCGGCACGUUUUACUCUGAGGGUGGCAGGAAAGAGUCUGUUGGAGCAGCUGAGAGACACGCCUACCCUGCUGUGGUUUGGUCCACGUCUCGGCCUUGACACACAGCAGUGCAUGGAGCUGCUGAGUCUAAGUGGAACUGUCAUUAGCUUGGCAGCCAUGGCUCUACCUGUCCUCAGAGACUGCAGAAUAUAUUUGCUACUUUGGGUGCUUUACUUGUCCCUGUACCAGGUGGGCCAAGUCUUCUUGUAUUUCCAGUGGGAUAAUCUGUUGCUGGAGGUGGGCUUCCUGGCCAUCCUAAUAGCCCCUAUGAACAUGCCCUGGGGUUUGAGAUCGAGCUUUCAUGACAAUGUGACCUUCUGGCUGGUGCGCUGGCUUCUCUUCCGGCUGAUGUUCGCUUCAGGAGUGGUUAAACUAACCAGCCGCUGCCCCACCUGGUGGGGGCUCACAGCAGUGACUUAUCACUAUGAAACACAGUGCAUUCCUACACCACUGGCCUGGUUUGCCCACCAGUUGCCAGUGUGGUUUCAGAAACUCAGCGUAGUUGGAACCUUCAUCAUAGAAAUUGCUGUCUCCUUCCUCUUCUUCAGUCCUAUCCGCAGACACAGGCUUACCACUUUUUACUUGCAGGUGUUGCUGCAGGUGAUGAUUAUCCUGUCUGGAAAUUAUAACUUCUUUAAUCUGUUGACCAUCACACUGUGCCUCUCUCUGCUGGAUGACCAUCAUGUCAACUUCUGGCUCUGCAGACGCACACCACAAAAAGAGAAGAGAACUCUGCAGGAACUAUUGGGGUGGGUGGGUAUUGUAGUGGAAAUGGUUGGUUAUGGUGUACUUGGCUACUGGACUGUCCUCUACUUUGACCUGAAGGUGGAUUGGGACAAGAAAAGUGUCUCCUCAAAAACAGCAUUUACACAUUAUGAGUUCAACAGCUUCCUGAAGACAGUGACGGUGCCCAGUAUUUGGAUAGGAGUUCUCUCUCUUACCUGGGAGAUCGUUACUGCCAUGUUCAGGAGUGCGUGUGUAAGGGGUGUGUUCCGGCGGCUGUGGAGCACGUUGCAGUGGGGAAUCUUUUCUGCAGCUGCUGUUUCUAUGUUUGCCAUUAGUUUGGUGCCCUACACCUACAUAGAGUAUGAUGCCAACAGUAAUCUAUGGCCAGGUGUGCGGAAAGCAUUUGAAGUGACUGAUCGUUACCAACUAGUUAAUUCAUAUGGUCUGUUCCGGAGGAUGACUGGGGUGGGGGGUAGGCCUGAGGUUAUCAUCGAGGGCAGUAUGGACGGUAGCACAUGGAAGGAGAUCGAGUUCAUGUACAAACCAGGAAACAUGAGUGCAGUGCCCCCAGUGGUGACUCCUCACCAGCCGAGACUGGACUGGCAGAUGUGGUUUGCUGCACUUGGUUCGCAGGAGCAAAGCCCUUGGUUCAGCAGCCUCGUACACAGACUCUUGCAGGGCAAGAAAAAUGUGGUAAAGUUGAUUCAGACUGAUGAGUCUAGAUACCCCUUUCAUAAAGAGCCUCCAGUGUACAUCCGUGCUCAGCGCUACAAAUAUUGGUUCACAGAGCCCAAGGAGGAUGGGACAUUGCCCCAGAGGUGGUGGAGGAGGGUCUAUGUAGAGGAAUUUUACCCCCCUGUUCAUAUUGGUAACACUUUUUUGGAGCAUAUGCUUUCUCAGCAUGGUCUCAACUUCAAGCCUCGCUCUAGACAGGGUUCUGGCUCCUGGUUGCGGCGCACAUUGAAAAGUGUUGGUGAGCAUGUAAGGGACGUUCCUGCUCCACUCCUACUGUGGUCACUCUUCAGUUCAGCAGCUACAGUUUGCCUCAUCAACUGUCUGUGCUCACGUACUCGUCCUUGCCUACAAACACACCGACACACGGCCAAAGACGUCUCACUGCAGAAACCAGAUGAGGAGGGGGAGAAAGCUGACCUGAAAGAGCAAGAGGAGGAGAAAAUGCAAAAACAGGUUGAGGAAGAACAGAAUGAGGAGGAGAGUGAAGAAGAGGAAAACGAGGACGAGGUAGAUGAUGAAGAGGUGCUCUUAAAGAAGAGUGAAGAGUAUGACGAUGAUCAAACAUCAGAGGAGACCGAACAUUCUAAAAACAGGAAAAGAAAAUGAAACACUACUUUCACUAAGGUUUGAACUCAUUUCACCAAAGAAGUUUUGACUGCUGUAUAAUGUGCUUCCCAUUAACAUCAGCACUAUCUCGCCCCUUCAGUUAAAAAUGCCCACAUUUUCACAAGCUUAGUCUCUGCUCACACCUACACUAUAUGGCUGAAAGUAUGUGGACAACCCUCGUAAUUAUUGAGUUCAGGUGUUUUAGCAACACCCAUUUCUACCAAAUCAAUCCAAUAAUUUUUAACAACAGGUUUAUAAAUUAUGUGCUUUAAUCUUUGUGGCAAACAUUUGGGGUACGUGCUUUAAGAUAAAUUUGAAGACUGACCUUGUGCCAGGAUUUUUCAUCCAACAUUGAUGCCUUCUUUCACUAAAGUUGGCUGUCUACAUACUUUUGGCCAUGUAAUGUAGCUUACUGUAUGCCAUUUACAAUACAGUUUCUUUAAACCAGGCUUUUCUUUAUGACCUUGCUCAGUCAUGCUGGAACAGGAAAGGGCCUUCCCUUAAUUGUUGCUGUAAAGUUGGAAACAUAUAAUUUCCUUAAUAUAAUUGAUGUAUUACUCCUGUUGUAGCUGUAACAAAUAAAUUCAAUAAUUAGAAGAGGUGUUCCAAUACUUUUGCCCUUAUAGUGUAGUUCUUAACCGGAACGUGAGUGGUGCAGACAUGUUUACAGGUUUGCCUUUUCUGUGUCAGAAAGCAGGUGGAUUGGCUUUUCUUAAACAUCUUUUCUUAAAAGUAAGAAAGUAAAUGAGUAAAGAUGUCCUUGGACCUGGUUACUUUGGGUGGUGCCAGACCCACUGUGAACCCAACCAGAAUGAACUAGCAUGUGAAAAUGAAUGAAUGAAUGAAAGAAUGAGUAACGUGUGACUUUUGCAUUGUUCUGUUACUUGUGACUCCUGAGGCUAAAUCAAGUCCACAGCAAGCAUGGUAACAAAUGAGGGUCACGUACCCUUUAAAAGUGCAAUUACAUGUUUAAAUUAAAGUAUUUUUUUAAAAAGUUACAUGUGUUAAAACUAGAUAAAAUUAAAACAAUGACAUGAUUGUCUAUCAAACACAGGAACAACGUAUACACUGUAUGGCUAUACAUCUGGACACCUCUUUCAAUCAUUGAGUUUGGAUUGAUGAAAUAAAUUAAUUGCUUCCAACUUUCUGGCAAUGAUUUGGAAAAGAUCUUUUUGUAUACAACCUGGCUGGGUAUCCAAACCAGGCUCAGUUGGCGGGGUCUAAGGGAGGGAGGUCGACUGUGCUUUAUUGUCGCUGUACAGUUGGGACUUCUGCUGUCUGGUCAGGAUGCCUCUCCACACGCUGUAAGCCUCUCUGUGAGACUCUUUCACUGGUCUGAGUUUUGAGUUCAUGAAGCAUACACAAUCACACGCCACAUCUUCAUUUUUUUAUUUGUAUUAUUUAUCUACUGUUGAGAAUUUGAUGAGCUUGUGGUCUUUUUCUUCACUUUUUUAAAAGUGUUGUCUGGCUCCAGAAUAUCCAUUUGGCAUUUUUACUUCCUGCUUGAUUGUUGUUGAUACUGAACCAAAUUUCUUAAGGCUUUUUAAAGGAUUGACUAUCAGCUGCAUGACAAUCUUUGUUGUCUGGUUUACCUUUGAAUUACAUUGUAUUGUGCUUGUUUUGGUUUGUCUGAUUUUGGUAUUUUCUAAUGAUUUUAAUGUGUCUCUUUAGUCCCCCUUUUCUUCUUGCACUUUCUUGCCCUGUCUUUAUUAAAGUGUUUUCACA